GUUAACCUCAAAGUGAAGAUGUCAGGCAGCGAACAAGAUUUAGGAGCUGAUCGAGGCGAUGGUGACAACUUGAAGUCGGAGAAUCUCUUCACUCUGAAAAAAUGGAAUGCUGUGGCAAUGUGGAGUUGGGACGUCGAGUGUGACACCUGCGCGAUUUGCCGGGUUCAAGUAAUGGACGCCUGCCUGCGUUGCCAGGCCGAGAGCAAGAAGGACCUGUACGAGCGGCAAGACUGCGUGGUCGUCUGGGGGGAGUGCAAUCAUUCCUUCCAUUACUGCUGCAUGUCGCUGUGGGUGAAGCAGAACAAUCGGUGUCCACUUUGCCAGCAAGAGUGGUCUAUCCAGCGGAUGGGGAAGUAGUCGUCUCCGGGAAAGGAGCGGAAAACUACCGAGCGCCGAUCUCCCCCACGAGACUCCAUCCUCCUCGCGUUCUUCUCCCGGUUUCCUUUCUUCGAUCUUCCUCCAGCUCCUCUUCUCCUCUGGAUUCCUUUUUUCGCCCCGUUGACCGUACCCUGGAAGCUCGAUAGCUGGAAAACUUCGUCGUGGAAAUGCCGCACACAUGCCCGGGAACAUGAAUCGCAUCCUCGAGAGGCAGGACUCGCUAAAUCGCCGCCUGGAAAACGGGUCACCGGGUCGAGGUCGGACACCCAGCCUGCCCAAGUUCCCCGUUUAUAUAUUCUCUCAGAGAUGCACAAUGUAGAUAUCUUACACUUAGGGCCGUUUGCACCAACCGUGAUUAGCCUGAAAUUCUAUAGCUGUGAUUAGUUCAUCCGGAAAUCCUGCCAUUCCCGCUGCACCGUCAGAAAUGAAGCUAACCGGAGUCUAAAAUCCAUCGUUUGGUAACCUGAAGUCGGUUAACACUGAUCACGCGUUAGACAAUACUUCAUUAAGGAUUUUAACUUGAACUUUGGUGCAACCGGUUUUUGUUUUCAGAGCAGUAAAUGUUAUAAUUUCUACCCGCUUCUUGUCAUCCCGGGCGCGUGGCAACGAGACGCGAUUUCCGCGAAGACGGGGUCGACACGCCGGCGGGAUUAAUCGGACCCGCUGAUGCAACCUCGUGGAGAAAAUCGCCGAUCCGCAGAGGGGUUGGGCCGUGUAGAGAGGCGCGACGCACGCGAUUAUCGGCACGUAGCGGUGACGCGCCUCGUCCGAAGGUCAUCGCGUCACGUUCUCUCUUGGAGGCGAGGCUCGGCUCUACCAAUCGGCGCCCGAGAAGCCGCCCUGCCUCCUCGCGUCACGACUUUUAUCGCUAACGGUCACUCGGAACAGCCGGGAACGAGGGCCGCGCCGACCGCCAACCGGUUCAACGACUACGCCUUCGCUUAGUGGUGUGUAGACACGAGGAUACCCGAGGCUAGUGGAUUAGUGUGCGUGGCGCCCGUGUGUGCCCGGCUCGGCCGCGAUGCGGGCAUGGUCGAUGUGUCGUGUCGGUGUACGUAUGUGCCUUGGUGCAGGCAUGCGGGUCGAGUAGGCGCGCUCGGUAGUGAAGUGGUAGUAGUAGUGAGGCACGGACAGGGAGUGGAAGUGGCGUAGUAGGACGCGGCAAGCACCCGUUGGAAGUAGUAGUGGUAAGACGGCGACGGACACCGCGGGACCUAUAGCAGUGUAAGACACACGGACACAUCGGCCUUGCUUGGUAUGGGUUAAGCGCAGGUAUACGGGUAGGACCGAGGGACGGGAAGGCUCGGGCGAAAGGAAACGGAAAGAAUUACGCAAUCGGGGCUAAAAGUGACGCACUCAUCAUCGACCAGAUAGCGAAAACGUUUCGAGAGGUGUCGUCAUGGGUGUAACGCCCCCGUCCCGCGGUCGAGGUGUAAGGUGUAAAGUCCGCUCGAGGAAUUCCCGCAGGCGUGACGCGACCAAUCGUGCCGAAUCGUCGGCGAGGCGAAAUUUCCGAGAUCAGCCGAUUCCACGAGAAAGGAAUUGCGCGGGUAAAGGUGGCCCCGUUUGAAAGGAGGUUUCGCCGUCCCGGAAACGGACCGUCGCGACAAGAACUAUAUCCACACUUGCGGCCUCCUCGGUUCCAUUAACUCUGGAAUGAUAAUUGUACGCCGUGCUCGAGAAGCGGGAUUUCCCAACUCCGGUGCAUCGGCAGGCACUUUGUUCGCCUGGUUUAGUUAAAUUCGAUUUAUAGGUAUGGAGACGGCGUAAACAUACGUCGGGCGAUUUUUCUCUCGCACUACAUCGGGUUUGAGGUAUAUUAACGGUGAUAAAGAGUAUCGGGUUCGCCCGCUCGGCGAAAGGCAAAUUCGCGAUUAACCGGAGACCACACGUAGGCGAUCGUAAAACCGGCUGCACGCGUGGUAGUAAAUACCUUUCCACGGUUUUUGCUUCCACGAGUCGAGCAAGGCUACCGCUCGGAGUGGGCUCGACUCGCCGCUCGUGUCCGAUUGGCCGGCGAGGCGUUGCGUGCACGGCCAUACCCCGUCUUCCUUGCAUCAUUUUGUUGCAGGACUUCGAGCUUAAGCCCGAUUUACGCGAGCCUCCGGAGGCGAACGAACCGCCUGCCGACAUUGCCUCGCGUUUUUCGCAGUCUUUCUUUCCGGCUCCCCCGAGAGAUUUUUAUUUCUUUUUUUUUUACUAACUUAAGAUGAAGUGAAACCCCCUGAAUUUACUCGACUCGAAUAAGACACUGUUUUUUAAGAGCAUUGGAUCGAACCGUCCGAAACUUUGACACAAUUUGCGAGCGCCUAGAAAUUAUCCUAACACUUUCAAAAUUUGGAUUUUUCACAAGAUUUUUUUUAACGGCCCAACCCAACACCAAAAUGCCGUCGAGCUCACAUCAUUCGAUCGACCUCCAAUUAUUGGAGGCUCUAAUAUGAGACACGAAAAUGUUAGGACAAUAGUUAACUAACCAAAAUUAAACGGUGCUUUGUUGCAAAAUCUUUCAUAAUUAAAUCGAACCGCAAGGAGUCAAUAAUAAUGAACGAGCAUUUUGUAGCGGCGCGUCCGCUCGUCGAACAGUAAUCCGACCUUAAACUCAUUUUAUUCCUUAUGUUGCCAACCGUGGUACAUUGCGCAAGGCGCAAUCGCGGCUGCCGUAAUGUCCCGUUGAAAAUGUUGAAAAAAUUGUAAAUGUCUAAUCGAAAUACGCACAACGGACGCGGAAUUGCGCACGGGCGGAUGGAUGCGGAUCGAGACGACCGCGUCCGCAUCCCUCCGUUCCUGAACAUCCUCCAAUUGAUUCCUCACCUCCGAUCGACCUAUUGUGACUGAUAAUGUCGGCCAAUUGAGAUAGUGCUUAUAUUUUCGAUCUCGAAGAAAAAAAAAUAAUAAACUGCAUGAUUUUCCAAUCGACGCCUCGCCUCCGGGUCGACCUCUUUGCUACUGUUAAUGUCAGUCAAUUGAAAAGAGGCGGGUAGAAUGAUUUCCUCUCGUUUGUCCGUUCGACAUUCGCACAUUUUUUAAUGCCAUUCAAGAGAGAGUCUUAGAUGUGCACUUUUAAAAGUUCCUUGAAAAAUUGUCGGCCGCUCGAAUUUCUAAGUAGUUCGACCGAUGCGUUUUAUUUUAUAUCUAUCCGUAGAUACUCUAAGUAGUUCCGGCAAUUGUCGUCUACGAUACGAUAAAUAGUGCGAUACGCGAUAAGUCAGGACUAAACAAAUGCACGAGUGCACGGUAAUUUCUUUUUUUUUCCUUUUACAUGUUGAUAAAGGCUUGAAUACGCGGGAGGAGCAUUCGAAACGAGCGCUUGAAAGGGAGGGAAUCGAAUGUCAAUGGCAACGCCAUCUCCUGGACUUUACAGGUACUAGAAGUCUUUCGCGACGAUUACCGAUACUCCGUGGUUAUGGCAGAACCUCUAUUUUAUGUUCAAACACUCAGCGAUUGCGCAAAUUACCGUUCUGAAAUACUUUGUAUAAUGUAAUGUAUUAAAUGAAUCCUUUCAUA